AUGUCAUCCUCUCGUCACCCGCCCGGCCCGCGUUCAUUGGCCCCGCCUCCCGCCUCCCAUUGCAACCCACCUCCCAACGCCCAUCUACGUCCUAGCCGGCCCUCCCUCCCUCCUGCGUAUGCCCUGCCUGAACCUGUUUCCCGCCCCCUCCACGAACCUCCCUCUGGAACUCCGCAUGCGACUUUCCCCACCGCCCCCCUUCAUUGCAACCGCAACCGUCCUCAAGUUCAAGCUGCGCUGAGUUGCGUACUCACCAUCGCGAACCCCGACCCGACCCCCAACCCAACUUCCACACCGUUGGUUGGGUAUGUUGCAACGAAAACGAAGCAAGACGAGCCAAGAACCAAGGGCUGGCUGACCCGCAACCGCAACCACAACCCCACACUGUCGUUCGAGUUCGAGUUCGAGGGUGUCGGCCGCGCGCCGGGAGAAGCUAGAGUACAUAAUCUGGUGUCGGACGAUAACGCGCCUCUUGAAAACGCCGAUCGUCCGCACGGCGCAUGCGCCCCAAGGUGCCGGUGA